AGCGCGACGAUGGCGGUGGGGGAUGGCGACGCCAAGCCGUUGGACCUGUUCCUGUCCAUCGGCUUGGACAGGCGGACGGCGGAGGGUGCCCUCGUUAACCAGAGGGUCACCUCCAACCUCACCGCCGUCAUCAUGGAGGUGUUAAUGGAUGCAGCAAGACGAUAGGAAACCUUCUUUACAUGGUUGCGACCAAGUUCCCUGCAAAUGCACUCAUUCACCGGCCCACUUUAGUCCAGUACAUUGUCUCAUCGAAGGACUUCACAGGAAAUCGUGAUCAGAUUUCACUUGUUUAUGCAGAUAAAGAAUCCUGCCCAACUUGAUGUAGCUUUGUUAUUUGUUGGGGCAAUUGGCCCUGAAAGCUUCAGUUUGGAUGAAUUUGAACAAGCUUGUGGUGUAGUAUUGCAGGAGUUGAUGUUUCUGUUGAAGAAAUUCAUUCAACAGUUGCUGCAGUUCUGGAAGAAAAUAUGGAUGCUAUAUUGGAACAUCGCUAUCAUAUUAAUGAUUAGUUUCUUCUUAUAAAUUAUUGCAUAUUUUACUAAUUGUUAUUUUAUGAUUCUUGUUUUGUGUGUUCGAAAAUAAUGCCAAAGGUCAUUAUAACCAUGGCAUUCAUGCUAAUGCUAUUGUUGUGCCAGCAAGUUCUGAUUCCAUGCAUCUAUGCUUUAUGCUCUAUCAUGUUUAAUCAUUAAUGAUUAUAUAUCUGUUGUGUAUGAUGAUCUGGCAUGUUCUAUUGGUACAUAAAUGCAAGGAGAUGAAUGGAGAUAUAAAGACGUAUUAAUAAUUUUAUAAAAUAACUUUAGAAUACUUGUAUAUCAACGUAAGAAAAAUGCAAAAUUUUACAAGGUGGACUUAGUGAAGGCUGCAAAUUAGAAGGGGACAUAUCUCUCACUCAAUAUUUGAAAUGUAUAAUUUAACGAAUUUAAUCAGCGCAUGGAUUGUAGAACUAUAUCCAGUAGGGGCAUCUGUGUGACAUGAUUUGCGGAGAGUGACAGUCUAGAAAACAGUCACAAUUAGACAACAUACUAUGCAGGCCCUGGCUGCCACGUGCUGGAACACAUGGCAUGGAAGUUCUUUAGCUGAGGGCUGCGCCUGCCUCUUUAGUGAUAAUCUAUUGUCUUUCCAGCAAUUUAAUUAACCUUCAUGAACAAACGAUUAAUUGUUAUUUUACUUGAAAUUCCAUUUUUGCAUUUGCUAGGCAAAAUCUGUUUCAAUUAUUUUAUUGCUUUCAAUUAUUUAGAGUGCUAAUAUGUGUGGUUAAAGUCUUACCUCCUCUUGAGAGGGUUUAAUUAUGUCUAUAAAGGUUUCUGUCACCUGCACAGAUUUUACCGUAAACAUGUGUUAUCAUUUUUUCAACAUUUCCGUCUGUUAGGUCUUCAGUAAUCGUACUAUUUUUGUGAGGAAAUUUAGUGGUCCUACUUUUUGUUAUAUUUUAACCAUAACAAUAAAUGUAGUGAAUAGUUAAUGGAUAUGCUUCAAAUUUGCUGAGCUGUUUGGGACCAAUGAAUUUGCAGUCAUAGUUACUUGGUACUUGGUAGUAUCAAUAGUUAAGGACAUAAUAGUCACAAAAUGAAGCUUAAGAUAAAAGGUGCAGAUUCAUUCUUCUAAUGAAGCCUUGAAUAGGAUUACGUAUAAACUAAGUCUUAUUAGAUUUUAAGAUUGAGUCUAUGGGCCUUGGAAUUAGUUUGUCAUAUCUUUUAAGAUUUUGCAAUAAUAUUAUUUUCGAUAAAUAUGUGAUUACUGUUGAAUAUAAUUUGUGCAGAAUCUGUUAACAUUAGUCUUCUUGGUAGUACAUGCUGUCAGCAUAUGUUAAGCCAUUAAUGGUUUAGUUAGGCACGAUGUGUUUGAUUUUUAUGUAGAAAAUCAUUGGUUCCUACAUUCUGUAAAUUACAGAGGUUUUGUCUAAUUUUCUGUGUUUUAUAUUUGCCAAUGUUCAGAGUCAUAGAAUAGAAUGUUUAACAUAGAGAGGACUGUUUGGAAACAAGGUAAACCAAAACUAGUACAAGUGUAUUAAGAAAAGAAGGUUGUUAGCUGCAGAUGCCAUGUUUUCUCUCCCUGUUCUGUUAAUUCACCAUUCUAUUCUUCCUAGGUCACUUUAAUUGCAGGCCUAAUACCCUGGCUAUGCCUCCAAAAUGCAUGCUACACCAUACUUUUCUUAAAAUUUGUUAUAAAGUGUUACUGAGAUGAAUGCACAACAUAUGUUCUGGUCACUUGCAUCCAGUAGGAUGUUUGGGUCCAUCUGCGCUGGGUUGUUCGCCUGCAUGAUUGCAUUGAAUUUGACUCUUGGGCCUCCUUACAUUAGACCAGAGCCUCGGCCACAAGCCUAGCUCACCUAGGCCUCUAUGCUCCUUGGGCCAGCCCACGUGGGUCUCCCCAUGUCAGGCAUUUUCCUAUUAAUUUGAUUACUCAAAUAUGCUUGACUUUUUCCACCCUGAUGUUAUGGUCACUUUGUUUAAUUCAGUUGGCAAUCUAUGUGGGCAAGUCAGAAAACAACAACCGUGGGCUAAUGCCAAAAUUGUUAAGGAGGUGAUUGAUGAGAAGCUUCAUCGGAUACUUGGGGUAAAAACAGCAGAAGAUGAUAAAAAGCCUUUGAAAAAGCAGCAACAAAAAAUUGUUAAAAUUGAGGAACAAACAGAUGGAGCAAUCUCACCUGUCCUAACAUUGGAAGAGGAAGUUAAUCCUUUCUUGAUAUUUCCAGAACCAGCAGAGAACUAUAAGGUUCAUACAGAGAUUUUCUUUAGUAAUGGAGAUAUCUGGAGGGCUCACAAUACAAAGGAGAAACUAGAGAGACAUCUUAAGGUUACUGGCGGGAGGGUUUUCACUCGCUUCCCUCCUGAACCUAAUGGAUAUUUACACAUUGGUCAUGCUAAGUUAUAUCUUCAGGCACUGUUUAUCAAUUUUGGUUUGGCAGAAGAGAGGGGUGGAUCAUGUUACUUAAGAUUUGAUGAUACCAACCCUGAUGUCGAAAAAAGAGAAUACAUUGAUCAUAUCCAAGAAAACAUCCAAUGGAUGGGUUGGCAGCCUUUCAAGGUUACCUUUACCAGUGACUAUUUCCAAGAACUCUAUGAUCUAGCAGUCAAGCUGAUACACAAAGGUCUAGCUUAUGUUGAUCAUCAGAGCCCUGAAGAAGUCAAGGAGUAUAGAGAAAAGAAAAUGAACAGCCCAUGGAGGGAUAGACCUAUAGCAGAAUCAUUGAAGUUGUUUGAAGACAUGAGGCAGGGCUUCAUUGAUGAGGGCAAGGCAACAUUAAGGCUAAAGCAAGAUAUGCAGAGUCAUAACAAAAAUAUGUAUGAUUUGAUAGCAUAUCGUAUUAAGUUUACUGCUCAUCCUCGAGUUGGUGAGAAGUGGUGUAUAUAUCCUUGUUAUGACUAUUCUCACUGCAUUGUGGAUUCUCUCGAAAACAUUACGCAUUCACUAUGUUCUCUUGAGUUUGAGAUCCGCCGUCCUUCGUACUACUGGUUAUUACUAGCUCUUGAACUUUACCAGCCAUAUGUCUGGGAAUAUUCACGUCUAAAUGUUUCAAAUACGAUGAUGUCUAAGCGUAAGUUGAACCGUCUAGUGAUGGAGAAGUGGGUAGAUGGCUGGGAUGAUCCUCGUUUAAUGACACUAGCUGGAUUACGUCGCCGAGGAGUGUCUUCUACAGCAAUUAAUUCUUUCAUACGAGGACUUGGAAUUACAAGAAGUGGUAAUAGUAUGAUACGUGUUGAUCACCUUGAAUAUCACAUUAGAGAAGAACUCAACAAAACUGCACCUCGAACUAUGGUUGUUUUGCAUCCUCUCAAGGUGGUUAUCACAAAUCUUGAUUCUGGAUUGAUAAUGAAUCUUGAUGUGAAGAUGUGGCCUGAUGCUUCGUCAGAUGAUGUUUCUUCUAAUUACAAGGUUCCAUUUACAAGUGUUGUUUAUAUUGAACAGUCAGAUUUUCGCCUUAAUGAUUCAAAAGACUACUACGGGCUUGCGCCUGGUAAAGCUGUUCUCCUCAGAUAUGCAUUCCCUAUAAAGUGCACAGAAGUUAUCCAUGGAGAUAGUGACACUAUUUUUGAGAUCCAUGCUGAGUAUGAUCCCUCAAAGAAAAUAAAGCCAAAGGGUGUUCUCCAUUGGGUUGCCCAACCUUCUCCUGGUGUUGAUCCUCUGAAGGUGGAGGUGAGGUUAUUUGAAAAAUUAUUCCUUUCAGAGGACCCGGCCGAGUUGGAGGACUGGUUAUCUGAUCUGAAUCCGCACUCGAAGGAGGUUAUUCCAGAAGCAUAUGCAGUUCCAUCUCUUGCUAAUGCUGUGUUAGGAGACAGGUUUCAGUUUGAGAGGCUUGGCUACUUUGCUGUGGAUCCAGAUUCUACCCCGAGCAAGCUGGUCUUCAACAGAACCACUACACUUCGGGAUUCAUAUUCCAAAGGUGCACGCAAGUAAAUCACACCUCCAUAGAUAUAUAUACCCACUGUUUAUGGAUUUACAAACAGUCUAUCUUUAAACAGACCGUAAACUAUUUGUCAAUAAAUAAGUUUUGUCAUGUUGACAUUUGAGUCGUUCA